AUGGAGGAGAUGCCUUGGUAUGCUGGUAUUGCUAGUUAUUUGGCAAGCGAUAUUGUACCUUAUGAACUCUCUUCGAUUCAAAAGAAAAAAUUCUUUCGUGAUUGUUGGUCUUAUUACUGGGAUGAACCAUUACUUUUUAAAAUAUGUGUGGAUAAAGAUCCGGAGGUAUAUCCCCGAGAAAGAUCAAUCUUCUAUUUUGUAGGCUUGCCACGCUUUACCAUAUGGUGUGCACUUUGGAGGAAUUCGAACAGCUUUGAUGGUGUUGGAGUCGGUUGUGAUGAGUGCCAAAGAACUGGCAACAUAUCUCGCCGUCAUGGGAUGCCAAUGACUACAAUUCAAGAGGUGGAAGUGUUUGACAUAUGGAAGAUUGAUUUUAUAGGACUAUUUGUCAGCUCGUACGGUAACAAGUACAUAUUGGUAGCAGUUGACUAUGUCUCCAAAUGGGUUGAAGCUAUGGCUCUUCCAACAAAUGAUGCCAAAGGAGUGAUAGGAUUUUUAAGAAAAAAUAGUUUCACACGUUUUGGCACUGUGAGAGCUAUAAUCAGUGCUGGUGGAAUCCAUUUUGGCAAUAGAGCGUUCGCAAGGCUAUUAGAAAAGUAUAGAGUUAGCUAUAAGGUUGCCACACCUUACCACCCGCAAACAAGCAUGCAAGUAGAAGUGUCCAACAGGGAAAUUAAAAGUGUCCUAACCAAGAAAAUGAAUGUGACUUGGACUGAUUGGGCAAGGAAGUUGGAUGAUGCAUUAUGGGCGUACCGCACAACAUUUAAAACUCCAGUUGGUAUGUCUCUAUACAAGUUUGUGUUUGUUAAAUCAUGCCAUCUUCCGGUGAAAUUUGAGCAUACAGCUUUAUUGGCACUGCAGCAGUUGAAUUUGGAUAUGGAAACCAAGCACAACUAG